UGGAGGACGUUCUUCUGAGUAGGGGCAUACAGGGAUGCGUGUGUUCUUCUGAUGCGAUGGGGAGCUGUUGGUGCUAGAAGAAAGAGAAUACCUGCGCUGGGCAUGCAGCCAUCAUCCCAUAAUAAUGCUGAUUGACUGUUUGGAUGCUUGCCUGAGGUGCUCGAGGCCAGAAUUGCUGCUUCUCCCGGGCAAACGAGUAGCUGGUUAAAUGCAAUUGUGUCAGUAACGAAGGAGGAGUAACCAUGAGAAUAGCAGGAGCUGCAAAAUUGGUGGUAGCAGUAGCAGUGUUUCUGCUGACAUUUUAUGUCAUAUCUCAAGUAUUUGAAAUAAAAAUGGAUGCCAGCCUAGGAAAUCUGUUCGCAAGAUCACCACUUGACCCACCUGCACGCUCUACAAAACCCCCAAGAUAUAAAUGUGGAACUUCAAAAGCUUGUCCAGAGAAGCAUUUUGCUUUCAAAAUGGCAAGUGGAGCAGCCAACGUCGUUGGACCUAAAAUUUGCUUAGAAGAUAAUGUGUUAAUGAGUGGAGUUAAAAACAAUGUUGGGAGAGGCAUCAACAUAGCUUUGGUAAAUGGCAAAACAGGUGAAGAAAUGGACACAAAGUUCUAUGAUAUGUGGGGUGGUGAUGUAGCUCCACUUAUUGAAUUUAUAAAGACCAUUCCAGAUGGAACGAUUGUCUUAAUGGCAACUUAUGACGAUGGUGCCACAAAGCUUAACGAAGAGGCACGGAAACUGAUUGCUGAACUGGGAAGCACAUCUAUCACAAACCUUGGCUUUAGAGACAAUUGGGUCUUCUGUGGUGGGAAAGGAAUCAAGACCAAAAGUCCAUUUGAACAGCAUAUUAAAAACAACAAAGACACAAACAAAUAUGAAGGGUGGCCAGAAGUCGUAGAGAUGGAGGGAUGCAUCCCACAGAAGCAAGACUGAAGGAAUCGUAAAAACAACACAUACACAACAGAAUGUUGGGAGAAAAAUGCACUUUCUGUCGCUGUUGGGUGUUGGAGAGCGAACACUGUCUGCAGGCAGAAUCCUUCCGGAAAUGGUACCUUGCACAGGCGCUGUAGAAAUGAAAGGGAGUCACACAAGAACACGGUGAAGGACUCCCAUUCAUCUAAAGGGGACUUGUGUAGGAAAAUGUCCCAGUGGAGGGUGCCCUCUGUAAAUAAUUUCCAAGCAUGUUUCCACCUUUGAGUGUGCAUGAGCUUUGAGAGCUUGAAUAUCUGGCUUAUUUAUUGUUCAAACAGAGAACUUCGGUUUUUUGUAAAUAGGCCCCAGAUAAAUGAAACAAUUGUUUCUAAUGCAUUUCCCCCCUAAAAGCACAAUGUUCAGGUUACUUUUGGUAUGUCUUUUAGUACUACUGGUACCUAAUAAAUAGCUGAACUGAUUCUGAAA